AUGGCUGCUUACGAAGGUUUCCUGACCAGUGUAUAUGCAGGGAAAGACAUUUUUCGACCGACUUUCUUUGAGCUUAUUGCACAAGAUCAGUUAUCCGACAUAUUCAGGCCUGCCUUGAGAUUUGUCGUGGAGAUUGGUGCAGAAAGGGCUCCACGUAUUCUGCAGCCAGUGUUGGGGUACUGGCAGGCCAUUUACACACUGUUCCUCUUCUUCCUGGAGGGGUACCACCUAAGAGUGCACGGAGCCACUUUCGCGGAACACUUCUUCGGCUUGAGGCGACAGCAGGAGUCGUCGAAAGAGUUGCUGCCGCUGGAAGCCCUGGAGAGAGCAAGGCAGAGACGAAAUGCUCCGCCUUUGAACAGAAGGCAACUUGGAACGUCUUUGAUUCUUGCUGUCGUCUUUCCAUGGAUCUGGGCGAAAUGCGAAGAAAGGUUUAGGCAGCUGGAGGUGUCCCAAAGCACAGACAGCUGUCGCGCAGACAUGCUACUCCGUCGGUGCUACCCAGCGGCACACACUGCGAGCACUGGCUUGACAUUCGUGUAUCGCCUUCUCUACCUGCUGGAACAAACAGGCAUUUGGUCACCUUGGUUGCAUCUUCUAGGCUUGCGGCUUGCGCGACACUUUCCGGAGCCCCCAAGUCAGGCACAAGAUGAGGCAAGUGACAAAAGCCUGGCCAAACGCGUGGGUGACCUGGUGGUGAUGUGUGGCAAGAGCUCCCUCUGGGGUGGGAUCUACUUGCUUCAGUUUAUGCAGUGGUGGUAUCAGCGGGAGCAGAUUCUGCAACCUUUGCAGCCCCGCAAAGCACCUCCUCCGCCUCCUGAGCCUUACCCGUAUCCGGAAAAUCUAGGAAGUCCGUCUCAGGCGCUGCAGCUUGUCCUGCUGCCAGAAGAUAGGACCAUAUGUGCGCUAUGCCACCGCCGCCGCAACAAUGCAGCUAUGUCGUGCAGUGGAUAUGCAUUCUGCUACACUUGCCUGGUGCCUCAUGUACAGCAGCAUGGCCACUGUCCGAUUUCUGGUCAGCAGAUGCUUGUAGAGGAAAUUCGGCGUGUGCGCGACGAGAGCUGA